AUGCUGGCAAGGCUAGGACUUGGUUUCGGAAAUCUGUGCAAGAACGGCGUCAGCAUUAUCGACGUCGCAAAGCGGAGCUUGAAUGAGGCUGACACUGACAACAGAACUGUCUCUGUAAAUCUCGUAGGCGCCGCAGCCUUUCGUGUCAGUAGCAAACAGGACGGCGCGAUAUUGGGGACAGUUACGUUGGAUGGUAUCGACCAUGAGCUGCAGAAACGAGGCCGCCCUGCCCCGUGCCAAGAUGCUCUCGGUGACCUUAGACCCCGUUCUGACGAUCUUGAGUCCAUCCUCAGCCAUCUUCCUCUGUAUCUCUGCGAUCAAGCCGCCGCCUUCUCGAGAGUAGCUGCAGAUACUCUGCCUCCGCACCGUCCGUUCGACCACAAGCUGCGCUUUGACAAGGAACCAGAGAUGAAGGCGUCGCAUCUGUACAAGAUGUCAACUCGAGAGCUCGAAGCUAUGAGAGAGUACCUGAUAAAGAACUUACGUAAGGGAUUCAUUCGCCUGUCAUCUUCCUCUUUCUCGUUACUCGUUCUAUUUGUCAAGAAGAAGAACGGGGACCUUAGAUUCUGUAUCGACUACAGAAGUCUAAAUGAACUUACGAAGAAAGAUAGAUAUCCCUUAUCUUUAAUCUCAGAGACUCUGUCACAGUUAGCUUACGCGAUGAUCUUCACAAAGCUUGAUAUCCGUCACGCUUUUAAUCGUAUCAGGAUAGACCCCGACUUAAUUCUCUGGGCGUUAUUCCGAACGACUUACGGAGCAUUUGAGCCAGUUGUUCUUCCUUUUAGCCUCUGUAACGGUCCAGCUAUCUUUCAGCGUUACAUUAAUUCCGUCCUCAUAGAUUACCUUAGCGUCUUCUGUACAGCGUACAUUGACGACAUCCUAAUCUUCUCGAAAGACAAGAAGGAGCAUCGACAGCACGUUCGUCAAGUCGUGAUAAGGCUACGCGCCGCAGGUCUAUAUAUAGAUAUCAAGAAAUGUGAGUUCGAAGUCACUCGUACCACAUUCUUAGGAUAUGUUAUUAUAGACCACGGAGUGGAGGUCGACCCAAGUAAGACUAAGGUCAUUCGCAAUUAG